AGCGGCAGAGAUAGAUGUAAACAGUAAUUCUAAAAUUUCGAUCUAAACCACAAAAUAAUAACCAUAUUAUUUUAAUGCCGCAUAAACCGGUUUUUUUGAAACAGAUUCGCCCUAUAAGCGGUCGUAUUUGAGUGGGUACGGACUGAUAUGGCCCGAUGAAUCACGUUCAUCUCCGCACAGCCUCUCACUUGUUUCACUUGUUCGCGCUCUGUCUGUAUUAACUUAUCAGUCCGUGCGAUUUGUGAACUGGCGUAAGCGUGCAGAGUGCCGAGUACACAACACGUGAAAAGUAAAUCUGGUUUUUUUCAUCCUCCUAUCUCUCUCUCUCUCAGUUCAUCUGGCAUUAGAUUUUCUCUCGAGUAUUUUUUAUAGCCAUUUGAUGGAUUACUGAAUCUUCAUGAUAUCUCCGUCAACACAAACUGGAUAGAAAUGGUUGUUUUCGAUGUACCACCAUGCGCGCGUCGAACGUUCUAAUCGUCUCUAAUGAAAUGAUCAGUCCACCUACGGAAAACGUUGCUCUGUUUGUCUGCCGAGCACCAAUGUAGGUUACCUGGUUGUGCAUAUUGCGAUUUGCACGUUGUUUUGAUUAGCAAAACAAUGGAUAGCCUGAAUUAUUACAAAUCAUCUAACAACAACAAUCCCCUCGAAAGCCAGCCUUCGCGGCUGUUGAAUCGCGAGGAGAAUGAACUGCUCUUCCAAGUUAUCGGUCAGCGCUGCAUCUCGCUGGCGUCAGCGGUGGUGCAGGUCCUCUUCUCCGAGCCUGGACCGGGAUCAGCGCGCUGGAGAAAACGCUUUUGCGGCGUGGCCUGCUUUAUCAAGGAUAAUCCGAAGAAAUCCUUUUUUAUCCGGAUUUUUGAUAUUGUGGAGCAAAGUGUUUUAUGGGAGCAAGAACUUUAUCGCGAGAUCAAUUACCAUCAAGCACUGCCCUUUUUUCACACAUUUGAAACGGAUGACCGGCAGGCUGGUCUCAAUUUCGCCAAUGAGGACGAAGCAUAUCAUUUUUUCUCCAUGGUUGAUGACAAGGCUCGCCUUCUGCAGAAACGCUUUGAAGACAAUCAACGUAAGCGGGAGGGAUUGAACAACAACCAUGGUCCAAAGAUCGACCAUAAUCACAAUCAUGUGCAAAUCAAUCGUCCUGUAUCGACGGCACAGUCUGUACAAGCGCCAUUUCCGGCGGACCGGUUCCAGCACAACAGUCAGAAUAACGUCAACAACCACGACGACAAAAAGAAAAAGGGUAAAUCGAAGAGGAUUACCAAGCAAGACAUUGGUCUGCCGACCAAUUUUGUUCACAUAUCACAUAUUGGUUGGGAUCCCGAUCGGGGCUUCGAUUACGAUGAUUCGGAUCCCACACUACAAGAGUUAUUCAAGAAAGCCGGCAUCGAUAUCCGGAAAGCCGACGCGGAAACGCGUAAUUUCAUCUAUGGCUUUAUUGAGAAGGAAUUAGGAGGAGUCAAUGCGGUGAAGAAGGCAGUCGUCCAUCCGCCAGCCAAUGCCAAUAAUAUCCCUCCACCACCGCCCCGCUCUCAGCCUCGUGUGCCAAUCACUCCGGCGGUGCCUCAGAAUAACUCCGCCAUUCGGCCCCUCCCGCCGCCCCGGACUCCGCCGUCGCAACCGCGACCGGCUCCGUCCGUUCUCAUGCGGGCGCAGCCUCCGCCCCCUCCUCCAGCGCAGCCACCGGCCCUCAAAGGGCAAGCACCGACACCGCGCGGACCUCCGCCGCCCCCGAUGAAACCGGUCAAUGGGUUCGGUGCAGCAGCACCCCCGCCUCCCCCUCCGCCGCCGCCUCCCCCACCCUCGGCAGGACCGGUGCCGCCGGCGCCACCCAUGCCGGCACAACUGCAGUCUCCUAGUUCGCCGGAGACCGAUGGACGCUCAGCACUGAUGGACGCCAUUCGCAGGGGGAAGGAGUUGAAGCCGGUGGAGUCGGCGGCACCAGCCCGCGCGUCGACGGAUCGUGAUAAGCUGCUCAAUGAGAUUGUGAACGGGAUAAAUUUGAAACAUGUGGAUCCUGAAAAGGAUUCAUUAGGGAAGAAUGAAGCGAGUCAGCCGUUGGAUGGGAUGGCGGCUGCUCUCGCCAAAGCACUGGAGCGAAGGCGAGUCGUCAUGGAUAAUCAAGAUGAAACGGAAGAUGAUGACGAUAGUGAGAAUGACGAUGAAUGGGAUUAGAGGAAACUCUGUAACUCUUGACGGAAGGGGAAUUGUUAUGUUGCCAACCUGUGAUCGGGUUAUUUUAAUUUACGCGCGGUGCUUUCGUGGAGGUCCAUUGAGUCGACUUCGACGUGCAGUCUGGGAUGUUUGCCGCCCAGUGCCUUAAAUGUUUUGCUUACUUCUGCAGAGGCUUUAAUAUUUUCGUUUAAACUUAGCAGUUUUUGUUAUUUAACCGUGAGAAAUGGUGAGAAAUGAACAUUUUUUGAUUUCAUGUGGAGCAAUUUUGUGGAUGCGCGGUCCAUGAAUCUCGCCUUCGGACUUGGGAAUCUGUUUAAUGUUUCAGACUUUCAUAUGGUGAAUCCUUCAGUGACUGGGAAUCUGAAUGUUGAACGUAAUAUGUUGGAGAAUUGUUUGAAGUUUUAAAUAAAAGCUUUUUUUGUUCUUAA